AUGGAGCUGCCUUGGCUGGUUUCUGUGACAUGUCUGGCUUGGCUCGGCGUGAGCCUCCAGGGCUGUGGUGGUGGUGGUGGUUCCAGUUCCAUCGAGACCCCCUGCAGCGAGUCGAUGCAGCGAGGCCAAUGCUCCAGAUGUAUGUGUAAGGCCUCCGGAUCUCGUUGCACUUCCCCUAUCGCCUGUGUGGCCUGCCGUGCCCCCUACGUGUUUUCGCCGCUCAACGAGACCAACGAGACCGGCGCCCUGGGCUUCCGCCACGGCCUCUGCGCCAUCGGCUGCCCGGAGGUGACGAAACCAGCGAUGCCGCGGAACGCCUUGGAGCUGAACGGCCAGGAGUGGCCCAUGGCCUGUUUUAAUGGCACGGAAGUGCAACGUUUCUUUAUCAUUGGUGAUUGGGGUGGCAUUUUAAGUGGCAGUGAGCCCUUGACCUUCAAAAACCGGCCGCAAGUGGUGGAGCCCAUCGAUUCGCACGCGCAGAGUUACGUGGCGCGGAAGAUGGCGCAGGUGGCGGAUGAGAAACGACCCAAGUUCGUGAUCAACGUGGGUGACAACUUCUACCCCGGCGGCAUCAGCAGCCCUGGCACCUGCAAUGCUGAGACGGAUGAAACGGAUCCUGCCGGUGAAAUCAUCUUUUCCAACAUCUUUGAGAAGGUCUACAAGGGGCCUGGCUUGUCAGUGGAAUGGUGGGGCGUGCUGGGCAACCACGACUAUGGUGGAUAUCACUACAACGUGCACUGGGAUCAGAACAUCUUCUACACCUGGCAUUCCCCAGAAAGCCGCUGGUUGACUCCCGCCUUGUUCUGGAAACGCCGGGCACAGUUCAGGAACUUUUCGGCGGAUUUCUUCUUCGUGGACACCAACAAGGUGGAUACCUACCAAACUCCGGACGUGGAUCCGGAACACAACAUCUGUUCCAGAUCUCAUAACCAGCCUCCACAACCCCUUGGGUGUAAUGGCACGUCCAUCACCAACCCUGACACCUGCUGGAAGUUUUUCGAUGACCUUUGGAAGGAGCAAAAAACCUGGCUGGCGAAGCAGCUGAAAUCCUCUUCAGCAGAGUGGCAGAUUAUCGUGACCCACUACCCUCCUUACUUUGAGCCUUGCCGCUCGGACGCGUGGACGAGCUAUCUGGCAGACUAUGGUGUGGAUUUCUACAUCAGUGGUCACACCCAUCUGCAGAACGCCUCCAGUUUCGAGGGGACGCCCUUCGUGAUUUCCGGAGGCGGUGGUGGCAUUACCUCGGAGAUUUUGCCCACGACCAGUGGAGAAGAUGAUGGCUAUGGCUUUAUGGAUGUGGUCAUUAGCCAUGAUGCCAUGACAGUCACGCGCUACUCCCAUGGUGGAGUGGACAACCAGACCAUCGUCCGCGGCGUCACGUCGGUAGCUCCUAGGACCGAAGCAGCAAAUAGCAGUGGAAAGGCCGGCUGGGUCAGUGCCAGCACAGCAGUGAUGCGUAUCUUUGAAGAAAAUCAGCAGUCACCAGUGCUGCGAG